AUGAGGGGACAUCGACGUGAAAUAAGCGACUCACAUAUGCCACUUCGCCAGUCAGAAGUUCAAUCUAAUUUUGAUGGACAGGAACUUCAAGUUAGAGUAGAGUCUCCUCGCCCUUGCAGCUCUGUAAACAUUAGAAAUUGUAUUCAACUUAAUGGGGAUAUUACAACAAAUACUUCACAUUUACAGCAACAACAACAACAUUUAAUGAUUGAAUCGAGUUCACCCAUCUCUAGACAAACAACAAAUAAUAAUAGAGACAGAAUUAAUAAUAACACAACAGUCAAACAAACAACCACAUAUUAUUCAACACGAACUGGGACCUUCUGUUCAGAACUUGUAAAAACUUUUGUAGCCUUUCUCUGUUUGACAGUUUCUGCAUUCCUUAAUUUUUUUCUUCUAACAAUUAUUCACGAUAUUGUGCCGAGAGUGCCGUUAAAUGAUCUGGUUUGGUUUAUAGUUCCACAACAAAGUUGGGCUUGGCCUGUAGGGGAUGUUCUUUCUACUGUCAAGUAUUUUUUAAAAUUUUCGGCACUAUAUGAAAGGAAGUCGAUAAUCGUUUUUUUUCAUUACUUUUUCUAUUACUUUUUUCCUUCCUUGAUAUGGCAGAAUGGUCAGCAUUUUCCUCCUUGUUCAAUUCCAUCAUAUUUGCCUGUGGCAUAA